UGAAUAGUAUAGUUGGAGGUGGAAAAGAAAUAUUAAUUCCUUAAUUUCCUCUCCUCAUUCAUUCGAUUACAAAGGAUAAAAGGGUUGUUUUGUGUCUGGUUGCGUGCAAUUUUGUUUCUUUCCUUUGCCCUCUUUUCCUUUCAGAUUAAUUGAAAGGGUUGUUGAGGCGAAAAUGAAAUUUAUCUCUUAGGGAAAAUGUUCCAGAAGAGAAAUAUCAGCUCCAUUGAAAAAAGCACCACGUUCAAAUUAUCCCCUGUGCCACAUCUAUUACGUAGGACUAAAAGAGGGAAGAAAGUUAAGGAGAGCAGUCUUUGUCGUCUUUUUCAUUAAAAGCUAGGAAGAGAAAAGAAAGAGAACAAGACUAUGGCGAGUGAAAAAGUACCAUUUUCCCUCGAUGACAUUGAGAAAGCAGCCAAGAAAAAAAUGGAAAAGGAUGUGGCUGAUUAUAUUUAUGGAGGUGCCGAUCAACAUCAAGGAGUCGUUAGAAAUCAAAAAGUCAUGAAAGAAAUACUUCUAAAUCCAAAAGUAUGCGCUAAUCUUUCUACCAGAGAUUUAUCAACGACCAUCUUAGGCUAUAAAAUAUCAAUGCCCAUAGGCUUUUCACCCACUGGCUGCCGUGAGUGGGUGAUAGAUGACGGAGAAACCUAUGCGGCAAAGUCGGCCGCUUCCUGGAAUAUACCAUUUAGCCUGAGUUCAUUUACUGAGAUACCUUUGGAAAUGGUUAAUGAAAGUAUGAAAGAGUUUGGCGAUCCCCUAAGAAUAAUGCAAAUGAGUGUUUAUCCAGAAGAAGCGAUGACAAAGGAGAUCAUUAAGAGGGUGGAAAAAUGCGGCUUUCAAGCUAUUGUAUUAACUCUUGAUCAUCCGGUGCACGGAAGGAGAAGCUUUGACGGUUCGGAAGGUGACGAUCCAUGGGAGGAAACUGGUCUACCUAAUCUACCCGAAAAGCUAUUGCUCGAUUAUGAAAAGUCAAUAAGAGACGGUACUUUGGAGGAAAUCGAAACCAGCACCGAAAGUUGGCAGGAUAUUACGAAGAUUAAAAGAAUGACCAAAUUGAAAGUAAUAGCUAAAGGUAUUGCCCGUCCAAACGACGCCUUGGAGGCUAUAAAAGCAGGAGCCGACGCUAUUUGGAUAUCGAAUCACGGAGGAAGGCAAUUGGGUGAUGGUCCCGCCACAAUCGAUUGCCUUCGGCGAAUAGCUCCAGUUGUCAAGCAGUUUGGGGUUGAAAUAUACAUUGACGGAGGCUUCAGGAGCGGAAACGAUGUAUUAAAGGCUUUGGCUUUGGGUGCGAGGUGCAUUUUUAUUGGUAGGCCUGUUCUCAGUGCUCUGGCAGUCAAGGGAGAAGAGGGGGUGAGUGAUAUGCUAAAGAUUAUGAAGAGGGAAUUGGAUAUCUCAAUGGCUCUCUGCGGCUGCAGGAAUAUCGAAGAAGUAAGCGAAUCGAUUCUUUGGACUUGAAUCUUCUACUACGUAGAAGAAAUAGAGAAUAGAAUAAAAAUGAGGUGAGGAUGGAGAAGAGGAGAGAGAGAGAAAGACAGGUGAUAAUAUUAAGGGAGAAGAAGAAAAAAAAAAGAGUAGGAAAUUAAACGCAAAAGAAAAAGAAGAAAAAACUAAAAAAUAGAAAAUAUAGUAUCUUUAUUCCUUCCAAUAAAAUAUCAAUCAUAAAUAUUCAUAGAUCAAA